AUCUUCAUCUUUUUGUACCUUGAAUCUCUCUCUCUCUCUCUCUUGCAUGUUUUCAAAAAACACACAAAUCUUCUUCACUGAACCUUUUUUGGACUCUUCCCCCACGACUUCCAUCACAGUAUCGUUUCUGAGGAGACAAGGAGAGAUCUGUCUAUCUAAUCUAAAUGGGACCUAUCAAGGCGUUAAAGAAGAGGAAGAGAUCAGCCGAGAAGAAGGCUGAUCCCAACGUCUUACUCGCUGCUUCCGCUUCCGCCGCCAGUGACAACAACAACGACGACGACUACGACAACGACAACAACGACUCAUCUCAGCCGUCGGAUUGGUGGGAUGGAUUCUCUCGCCGAAUCUAUGGUCCAUACUCGGGGUCUACGGAUCCAAAGACAUUCGAGUCAGUCUUCAAAGUAUCAAGAAAGACAUUUGACUACAUUUGCUCUCUCGUGAAAGACGACUUCACAGCUAAGCCUGCAAACUUCAGCGACUCAAACGGCAAACCGUUAACUCUCAACGACCGUGUUGCAGUGGCGCUGAGGAGGCUUGGCUCUGGCGAGUCUCUCUCAGUCAUUGGAGAGUCCUUUGGUAUGAAUCAGUCAACUGUUUCUCAGAUCACCUGGCGCUUUGUCGAGUCGAUGGAAGAGAGAGCCCUGCACCACCUCUCAUGGCCUUCGAAACUGGACGAUAUAAAAUCAAAGUUUGAGAAAAUCUCAGGCCUUCCCAACUGCUGUGGAGCAAUAGACAUUACGCAUGUGGUCAUGAACCUUCCCAAUGUGGAGCAGUCAAACAAGGUUUGGUUGGACGGAGAGAAGAACUUCAGCAUGGUGUUGCAGGCUGUAGUGGACCCUGACAUGAGAUUCCUCGACGUGAUAGCCGGUUGGCCUGGGAGUUUAAGCGAUGACGUCGUCCUCAAGAACUCAGGCUUCUUCAAACUCGUUGAGAAAGGGAAGAGACUGAACGGGGGAAAGAUUCAGCUCUCGGCGAGAACAGAGCUAAGAGAAUACAUUGUAGGCGACUCAGGCUUUCCUCUUCUUCCGUGGCUUCUCACACCAUACCAAGGCAAACCCAUGUCGCUUCCUCAAACAGAGUUCAACAAAAGACACUCCGAGACUAGAAAGCCCGCGCAGAUGGCCUUGUCGAGGCUUAAAGAUACGUGGAGGAUCAUAAACGGAGUCAUGUGGAUGCCUGAUAGAAACCGGUUACCAAGGAUAAUAUUUGUCUGUUGCUUGCUGCACAACAUUCUUAUAGAUAUGGAGGAUCAGACUUUGGAUGAUCGUCUUUUGUCUCACCAGCAUGACGUGAAUUACAGGCAGAGAAGCUGCAAGACUGUCGAUGAGGCGUCAUCGGUCUUGAGAGAUGAACUCUCUAACCAACUGUGGGGAGAAAAUUCGUCAGCUUGAUUACUCUCUCCAUGUUCUUGUCUUCUUUGUGUAAAAGCUUCAUCUGCUUCUGUUCAGCAUACAACAUUUCAUUCGUAUCCUUUCAUAAAAAUGUGUAUUUUCUGUACUUCAGACACAUCCUAAUCCACUAGUGGAACUUCAAAUUCGUCA